AUGAAAGGUGGAGGCCUGGAAGUCAAAUGCCCAUACUGUAAGAGGGGAAUAACAGUUGAACAAGCAUGUAAAGAUCCAAACUUUUGCUUGUAUAUAGAUGAUGAUGGGGUUCCUAGGCUUAAGUUUGGACAUAAAUAUUACUACCAAGUCCAGGGUCAAAUGUAUGUCUGCAAUUUAGAAUGGGUAGAUUUUGUUGUGUGGUUCGGAGGUAAUAAUGUUUUUAUUGAACGUAUUUAUUUUAACAAGGAUUGGUGGUACCAAACAGUACUCCCCAGGAUAGAUUUUUUCUAUAAACGAGCUUUCCUUCCUGAAAUGUUCACCAGGAGAAUUGAGCGAGGUGUCAAACUAUAUAACCAUGGGGGUUGGAAAAGCUUCAAAACAGUGAAGAGGAAGUAA